AUGAGUGUGGCGUGCUUGGAGGGCGCGACGGUGGUGGAUUUCGUGGAGGACGGCGAGGUGUUCGAGAAAUGCGUGGAGGAGCACUUCGCCAGGCUCGCCGACGGCAAGGGAGAGCUGUCGCGGCUGGAUCUGGAGGAGCGUAGCGGCUCGCUGGGAUCCGGCGAGUUCGAGUUGCAGUCCAAGGAGGAGAUCCGCAAGCUGUACGAUACUCUGUUCGACAAGUUCGACGCGAAGCAGAAGGGAGCCAUCGAUGGGGUCGAGUUCCGGUCGCUGAUGAGGGAGAUCAUGCUGGCCAAGGCUCGCGGGAUGGGCCACUCGCCGGUUCUCGUCAUUCUCCAGCCGGAUAGCUUACUCAUGAAGGCGGUGCUGCACGGCUUGGCCUGCGAACACGCCUGAUUUGAUUA